AUGGCGAGAGAUGGCAAAAUCAAACCGAUGCCCCUGCGGCAGGCAGCAACUCGCCGCAGCACUCGAGUGGCCUCUCUGUCAGCCCAGCCAGCCCAAGAGGAGACAGAUAGAGGCCAGCAGAAGAAGCAGACUAUAGUCAUGGUGGCCAUCCCAGUGAAGAGGGACACCUCGUCAGCCUCGUCGUCUCGGACUGGAGACAGUGCUAGAGACAGCACGGCUACAUACAGCACUCCUGCAACUACGGCCACUGCAACGCCCAGCAAUGAAUCAGAGUCAAGUAGCCAUCGCCCUGGCAGAGUCAACGCUGCAGCUCGAGCCAGGGAGUUAAAAAAUAGCUCUCUUGGCUUGAACGGGAGGAAGAGGGGUGCUCCGGCCAAAAGCAAGAAAGACACAGUUGACGAUGAUGCUAAGUUGGCUGCUGCACUACAGGCUGAAGAAUAUGAGGCCAGACCUACCGUCAAGAAGCAGAAGAUGAACGAUGGCGGUAUAAGUGCAAACUUGGCCAUACCAAGUUCGGAGGAAGAGGAGUGGUGGAGCACGAACGAGGACACUGCUACAGACACUGAGAGACCUGUCAAGAAGAAUCCCUGGAACGUGCUUUCAGAUUCUGAAUUAAGGAAGUUAGAUGAACUUUCUGAUUCCUCUGGUUCGAGCGAUUCGGACUUGACGGAUAUGGAAUCAGAAUCGGGAUCCGAGCUAGACUUAGAACAUUACAUAAGAAUGACCGUUCACUAUAGAAGGGGAGGAGCAAGAGGACAGAAAGGACCACACUUGACCCGGGCCCAGAAAGAACGCAAGAAACUCGAGGCUCAGCAUCCCGAGAUCAUAGACAUGUGGGAGAAACUCGAACAAAAGCUUGUCCUUGCACCUCCUCCUGCUGCUCAGCCAGAGGGGAUAAAUCGAAAGCUGAAGCCCUUCCAGCUCGAGGGGCUUAGCUGGAUGCUGGCCCAGGAACAGUCGGAGUGGAAGGGCGGCUUGCUCGGUGAUGAGAUGGGCAUGGGCAAGACGAUUCAGGCUGUUUCUUUGCUAAUGUCGGAUUAUCCUGUUGGGUUGCCUUCGUUGGUCGUCGUUCCUCCCGUUGCACUGAUGCAAUGGCAGGCUGAGAUUGACUCUUAUACAGAUGGCAAGCUGAAGGUGUUUGUCUACCAUAAUUCCAACUCCAAGGUUAAGGAUAUCAAGGCCAAGGAGCUCAAGUCCUACGAUGUCAUCAUGGUGUCAUAUUCCGGUCUAGAGUCAAUGUACCGCAAAGAAAUCAAGGGCUGGAAACGAGAGGGUGGGCUAGUCAAAGGCACCAGCAUGCUUCAUUCCCUUAACUUUCAUAGGUUAAUACUCGACGAAGCACAUAACAUCAAGCAACGCACCACCAGCGUAGCAAGGGCUUGUUUUGCUCUAAAGGCAAAAUACAGAUGGUGUCUAUCUGGAACCCCCGUGCAGAACCGGAUCGGUGAAUUCUUCUCUCUCCUGCGGUUCCUCGAGGUGAAGCCAUUUGCCUGUUAUUUCUGCAAAUCAUGUAAGUGCGAGGCUCUGCACUGGACUCAGGAUGCGCAGAAGCGGUGUAAUAUGUGCAAGCACAGAAUCAUGCUUCGAAGAGUAAAAAGGGAUCAUACCUCGUCCAUGGAGCUUCCACCAAAGCGGUAUUUCAUCCUCGUUAUCCCCAAGGGUAUACUCUACAGCAUCAUGACAAACACCACUCGCGAGUUCGACCGAUACGUCAGUCGAGGUGUCAUGCUGAACAACUAUGCCAACAUCUUUGGCCUUAUCAUGCAGAUGCGUCAAGUCGCCAACCAUCCCGACCUCAUUCUCAAGAAACACGCUGAGGGCGGCCAGAACGUACUGGUCUGCUGCAUCUGCGACGAGCCAGCCGAGGAACCGAUCCGCUCCCGCUGCCGGCACGAGUUCUGUCGCCAGUGCGCAAACGAAUACAUGGCCUCGGUCCAGUAUGGCUCUGAACCUGACUGCCCACGCUGCCAUCUCCCGCUGUCCAUCGACUUUGAACAACCGGACAUCGAGCAAGACGAGAGCGACGUGAAGAAGAACUCGAUCAUCAACCGCAUCAAGAUGGAGAACUGGACCUCGUCUACCAAAAUCGAGAUGCUGGUGUACGAUCUGUACCAGCUCCGUGACAAGAAAAGAACGAACAAGUCCAUCGUCUUCUCGCAGUUUACCUCCAUGCUGCAGUUGGUGGAAUGGCGACUACACAGGGCGGGUAUCAGCACCGUCAUGCUGGACGGCAGCAUGUCUCCUGUCCAACGACAGAGAUCCAUCGACCAUUUUAUGAACGAUAUCGACACAGAAGUGUUCCUUGUAUCUCUCAAGGCCGGUGGUGUCGCUCUCAACCUCACCGAAGCCUCUAGAGUAUUUAUCGUUGAUCCAUGGUGGAACCCGGCAGCAGAAUGGCAAUCCGCGGACCGAUGCCAUCGAAUAGGCCAACGACGACCAUGUGUGAUCACCCGUCUUUGCAUCGAAGACUCAGUCGAAUCACGCAUGGUGCUACUGCAGGAGAAGAAGGCGAACAUGAUUAACGGGACUAUCAACAAGGGCCAGAGCGAGGCGCUAGAGAAGCUGACGCCAGAAGACAUGCAGUUCCUCUUCCGUGGCAAUUAG